CUAAUUGUUCUCGAAUGAAUGAUAGAUCAUAUUCAUAUAUAAAGGUCGGACGCAUGAGUGCCUCAGAGAAAUCCACCACUCUCUCUUGUAUGGAUUUGAACUCACCUUCUGCAACGACUGCGGACCAUGGUCUGCUUCCUUCUGGGAGGGUAAGAACGAUUUAUAAAUGUAUCUCUUUCAGAAAUCCAUGGUCUUGUGAAUUAUAAUUGAAGGUUUUUUAUUUAUCCCAUAUAUAACUAGUUGACUACCAAGUCACAAGGUGAGAAUUGUUGUGAAUUGUUUCCUAACAGAGUUGGAAUAUGAUAUGAUUUCUUAAUCACUGGUAUUUAAACUCUGAAUAUACGUUUUUUUCGAGGGGGCACUGUUUUUUCAAAUUAUGAUUUCAUUAUUUUUAAUUUAAUGUAGUAUUUCAUAGUGACUAAAGAAAAUUGUUGCGACAAGAAAUUUCUGCGUGGAGUUAAAAUUGUGAUGGAUGUGUUUGUGGACUUCACUUCAAUCAACUAUCGCCAUUGACUCAUUGACUUCAAUAUAUAUACUUAAAAAAUAAUAAUCGUGGACAUAGACUUUUCAAGAUGAAUAAUUGUGCACAGCUGGCUGCAGCUGCAAAAUCAGUAUUGUCUAGUAAUUUCGCUCAAAUGAUAGAUAUUCAAAAAAUUCCAUAUUUAAAUGAAUUUAACGAUAAAUUCAGAGUAUUCAAUGAGGUUAUAUAGCAGUUUGAAUAAUCUUUAAUAUGUUCAAAAGCUUAUAGUAAUAAAUUAGUCCAUUUUGAAUGGAGUUGAGAAACAAAUAACACCAAAAAUAUGGUAAAUGGAGUCGAACUCGGACCGGUUCUGUACAUUAUUUUCAACAUUAUAUCAAUUAACACUGUCUCCUUUAUGCGUCUUCGAAAUUGAAAUGCAGACGUCUCUAAUUACUCAUUAUUUUAAACUUACUAUAAAAAGUCUCCGAAACAGAGGAUCUAUUUUGUGCAUGCUUCUAUUUCGAAAUAUUUGGCAUUCUGAACCUUCCAAGCUGCCUGCAAUGUCCACAACUCUCCUCCUCUUAUUCAUCCUUACAACAUUAGCUCAUUUCCCCCAUGCUAAUCCUCACUGCCCUCCUUCUUCGUGUGGCGUUAUUCGUAACAUCAGCUACCCUUUCCGCCUCAAGAGCGACUCCAGCCACUGCGGCCAUCGCAUAUUAACAUGCCACCACAAUCUCACCUCCAUCUUUCUCGACUCUCGAAACUACUAUGUCAAAGCCAUCGACUACCAAAACUCCACCAUCAGAUUGGUUGAUGCUUCCCUCAACUAUGACAACAUAUGCUCUUUCCCCAUCUCUACUGUUCAUUACCGUUACUUUUCCAAUGAUUCUGAUUACAGUUACUAUAUCCCAAUAAAUUAUAAUUCUACCUAUCGAUAUGAUUAUAAAGCCACCCCUAUCAAUUUGAUGAGCUGCCCUAAUCCCAUGAAGAAUUCAUCCCUCUACACCAACAUUUCUACUAAAUGUUCUCGAAUGAAUGAUAGACCAUAUUUAUAUAUAAAGGUCGGACGCAUGCGUGCCUCAGAGGUACAGGAUCUGUGCCGACUAGAUCACAUAGCGAUGACGUCGUGGGAGUUUCAUGAUCUGAAAAAUGUAUCUCUUUCAGAAAUCCACCACUCUCUCUUGUAUGGAUUUGAACUCACCUUCUGCAACGACUGCGGACCAUGGCCUAGUCCCUUCUGGUGGGAUCUGCUGCUUCACCCAAUUGCUCUACUCAUUAUUGGUUUGCUAUGUGCAAUGGUAGGCCCUCCUAUAUUCACCAUCUUUGGAAUCGGCCCGGUAUCACUGGGCUUAUAUCAAACUUUGUCUUUUUUUGGCGACAGAAUAAUAUCUCCCCUUGUUGCAGGCGACGACGUUUUCCCAUCUGCUCAAGAAUGUAUUGAAUUUGUAAUUGGUGCGCUCCCUUGUUUAAAAUUGAUCAUCAUGCUGCCAAGAGUUAUCCUUUUUCCUGUUGCUAUGUGGCUUUUGAUCAAGAAAUUUCGGAGAAGGCAUAGGUCCAUGUAUGCAAGAAUCGAAAGUUUCUUACGAAGUGACAACCAACUCACACCAAUUAGAUAUUCAUAUUCAGACAUUAAGAAGAUGACAGGAGGCUUUCAAGACAAACUAGGUGAAGGUGGCUACGGUUCUGUCUACAAAGGGAAGCUCCGAAGUGGCUUUCAUGUAACAGUCAAAUUACUCGGAAAAUCUGGAGGAAGUGGACAAGACUUCAUGAAUGAAAUUGCAACUAUUGGAAGGAUCCACCAUGUCAAUGUGGUGAAACUUGUUGGAUAUUGUGCACACGGCUCCAAACGUGCACUUAUCUAUGAUUUCAUGCCCAACGGUUCCCUUGAAAAAUAUCUUUUCAAUAGAGACAAAACGAUCUCAUUGAGUUGGGAUACGAAGUUUGAGAUUGCAGUUGGUGUUGCUCGUGGGAUUGAGUAUCUACACCGAGGGUGUGAUGUUCAGAUCUUGCAUUUCGACAUUAAGCCUCAUAACAUACUUCUUGAUGAUAACUUCAUCCCGAAAAUAUCAGAUUUUGGGCUAGCAAAGUUUUUCUCAACAGGUAAAACCACUGUGACUAUGACUGCUGCUAGAGGAACCAUAGGAUAUGUUGCUCCUGAACUGAUUAGCAGAAGUAUUGGAGCAGUCUCUUACAAGGCUGAUGUUUAUAGUUUCGGGAUGUUGUUAAUGGAAAUGGUAAGUUUGAAGAAAGACUUGAUAGGAAACAAUGACGAUUCGAGUCAAUAUUUUCCGUAUUGGAUAUAUGACUACUUCAACCUAGGGAAGGACAUUGAAGUCGUGAAUGGUGGUGAUGAUGCUAGUUGGAGGAAAUUUGGUCGGAAGAUGACAAUAGUUGCAUUAUGGUGCAUACAGAUGUGUCCUGACCAUCGUCCCUCAAUGAACAAAGUGUUGGAAAUGUUGGAGGGUGAUGUUGAUCGUCUAAAUAUUCCCGAGUAUCCUUCUCAAUCUAUUCAAACUGCCGUAGAUCAAACAUGUUCCACUGAUUCAGUACCACUGCUGGAACAUGAUGAUGCUUCACCUAGUGUUGAGAUUAUCGUUGAAGAAUUGCAGAGCUUGUCAUAAUGAAAAUGGCCUAAAUAUUGUAACAUGUAGUAGUCUUUUAUGUGGGCGGUGGGACCCAUUAUAAAAUUUUAUAAGUCAUUACUAUCUUUUAUUUA